GUACCCUUUCACCCUAAAAAUGUCGUCGACGACAGCCAGAUCUUCCACCGCCAUGAACGGCGACCAACCACCGCGUAAGAAGAUGACGAAACAGUCUCCGGAGAUCUCGAUUUUGUCUCUUCCUUACGAUUUGCUGUUGAAUAUCAUAGCGCGCGUCUCAAGAUUGUACUAUCCAACACUCUCCCUCGUCUCCAAAACGUUCCGAUCCGUCGUGGCAUCGACGGAUCUCUACGAGUCUCGCUCCCUCUCACACCGCACGGAGAAUUGCCUCUACAUGUGCAUACGCUACUCCCAUCGACGUUUCCCCCGUAACACUGACAGGUAUUGGUUCGCUCUCUGCCGGAAACCAAACCGAACCACAACCGACGGGUCAAGCGGCCAUCUCUUCAUCCCACUCACAUCUCCCCAAUUGCGUCCUGCACGAUCCACCAGUCUCGUAGCCGUUGGGUCUAACAUCUACAGGAUCGGCGGGCACAUGCCCUCUUCUUCUAGAGUCUCGGUCCUCGACUGUCGGUUGAACACGUGGCGCAGUGGUCCGAGGAUGCGAGAGAAGCGGAUGUCCCCUGCGGCGAGCGUAGUUGAUGGGAAGAUAUAUGUAGCAGGAGGAGGGUGUGAAGACCCCCGUUCCGUGGAUUGGGUUGAAGUCUUUGAUCCAAAGACAUGUACUUGGGGAAAUGUGACGAACCCUGGCACCGAUACACGCCCAGGAGCUUCUGUCACAACCUUUGGAAUUGAAGGAAAGUUGUACCUCCUUGGUUAUGAUGAGGAGGUGGUUUACGAUCCCAAGGAAGGUAGUUGGAAGCCGAUAGGAGUGGGUGUGGAUAUGGCUUUUGCGGGACAUUUUGAUUACGGCGUGAUAGGAGACGUCAUGUUCCUUUGGAACGACAGAGAGUUUAGUUGUUUUGACUCUAAGGCAUGGUCAUGGAAGAAAUUGAGAGGUGUUGAAGAUCUGCCUGAUUUUCAUGGGUAUUGUAAAAUGGUGGAUCAUGGCGGAAAGAUGGUUUUGUUGUGGGAUGAUUAUUUGCGUUCGGAACACGUGGCUUGGUGUGCUGAGAUUGCGCUCGAGAUGCGCGAUGGAGAUGAGAUGUGGGGGAUUGUCCAGUGGUUAGAUGUCGUGCUUUCACUCAACGAGCCGUUUCGCAUGUUCGAUGCUGUUGUUCUUUCUGCUACGCUUUGAUGAAACGAUCCUGCCGAUGAGAAGUGAGAGCAGGUUUUAAUGUUUGAUGGGAGACAGUAGUUUCGUUGUGUUUUUCGAACAUUUGCGUUCUUUAGGUGUAAUGGUUGUUUCAUGUUUUUUUUAGCAGUAUACUUUCACAUCUAGUGUGUUGCUUA